AUGAAUGUACGAAUGCGUGAGGAUGCCCGUGUAUCAACACCACGAUCCUCAUCGCCACCACGAACCGUCGUCGACCUCUUCCUCUUCCUCCGCCUCCUUUCACGUAUUCGCUUCGAGAGUGGGGGUCGAUGGAUGCAUACGGGUGUGUUGCAGGUGGAGGAUUUUCUCGAAGACAUCCUACAUGGAGGGGCGAAGGAACAUUCCAUUCUGGAUCAACUCCCGGUCGCGGUGUCUCCGAAUCCGACUUCCUUCGAAGGACACGCGGAGUUCCUUCAGGAGCUCCUCGGAGGAGGAGGAGGAGGAGGAGGGGGAAUGAUGAAGGAAGACGGGCCUCCGUUGUCGGCGCCGGUACCGGGACCCGGAUCUGCACCGGGACCGUCCCUGUCCGUGUCCGUGUCCGAGGCAGACGUUCGAGCCCUGGCCAAGGAUCGACAGAAGAAGGACAAUCACAAUCUCAUCGAGAGGCGGCGUCGCUUCAACAUCAACGAUCGGAUCAAAGAGUUGGCGACGUUGUUGCCCGAGCCGGACGACCCCAAUUACGAUCUCGUCCGAGACCUUCGACAGAAUAAAGGUCAAAUCCUCAAGGCCAGCGUGGAAUACAUCCGGAGAUUGAAGGGAGAGGUGUUGCAGAGCCGAGGAGUGGACGCGGAGAGGAAGCAACUGGAGAUGAUAAAUCGAAGGCUCCUCCUCCGCAUCCAGCACUUGGAGACACUGGCACGGGAAAAUGGGUUGGAAGUCGGGAAUGGAACAUGGGAGGAAACAAAUGCAGCCGAACACAUCCUCUCGUCCAUCCUCAAGUCUUCUCCCUUCCCUUCAGCUCCUUCUAUCAAGCAUGAAUGCCCAGGAGGAGAGGGGAAUGGUCAUGAUGGUGCAAAGGAGGAAGGUGAAACUGUUGAGGGCAGUCACAAAGCCAUUGACUUCAUGGAUGAUGACAUGGACCUGUAUGGCAAUGAUCCCCUAUUCUCUUCCCCUCAUAUCACAAGUGCAUUGAAUGGAAGGAUCCACAUUGAGAGCCCUGGAGACGAGAGUGUUGGUGGAAGCCUUAGUCCAUCAAGUAGUAUGGACUUGACACUUUGACUUACUUGGAGAGGGAUGUUUCACCCUCCAUUGCUCAUGCCCCAUUUUUUGGGAAUGGCACCAUUCUGUGAUAUCUCCUUCAUAUUUUCUCUCUCUCAUUCCUGUCUAUUUCUUCCCAUUUCACAGCAAGACCCUCUAUAUUGAUGUUAUAGUUUCCAUAUCACAUUUCACAAGGAACAUAUGACAAAUUGCUACCCUGGU